CGUAUCGAUGAUACCGCAGCUUGGCAGAACAUUGAUAAUUUUGUCUCUUAAUAUGCAAUCCUGGUAACGCAUGCUAUUAAUAUUUUUUAAUUUUUAUUUUGCGUUUUUUUUUUAAAUCUGCCAAGUAAAAAUUUGCUGUGUCGCUGCUGCCAGUGAUUUUAUUCCGAUAUUUUUCUGCCGCUGGUUUAUGUCGACCAUUAGAAUAUACUUCGCCAAAAUCGUUAUGUCCGCCAAAAGAAAUAUCAUCAUUAUGAUGUGCGUCGCCACUGUCAUCGUGGGUAUUUAUUAUGCAUUCUUCAACCACGCAGAUGCUGUUGACAUUUUACAGGCCAACAAAGCGCUUAUGAAAAAACACGGUAGCCUACAAGCCUCGAGUGUUCAGCGUAAAAUAUCCGCUGCUGCAAUAUACAUAGAGUUUGAGCGUAACAAUGGGUCGACGUCAAAUCAGAAUGAAGUCUCUGAUUACCACAACCACCAUCUAGAGGCAUCGAAAGAAAUCAUGAACUAUAAUAAUGAAACUAAGACAAUAGACAGUACAAACUCUGGAAUAGAAUCACGCGAGUAUGAUGGUAAUGAUGCUGAUGAUAAUGCGAUAUCGGAGAACGAAAUUCGGGUUAACGACAUCAAGCCAAGUCAGGACUCUUCGGACUUUGAUUGGGAUGGAUGGGUUGCUAAGAACGACUAUGUCGCCAUCGGAGGUAUUUACAAUAGAUGUGAUUCGCCAGACAAAACAAUGGGGAAAGUGCUGCUCAUGGAAGAUAAAGAACUUGGUGGAAUUAAGACUGUCUUGGUAUUUAAUAUAACCUGGGACCAUGACACAGAGUUUGGCACCAUAUACACAGUUGUGAAAUACGACAACAUGGAGCUUUAUAAUAAUAAGUUUGACCUAUGUACGGUGGAUCCUGAACUCUUUGUAUGCCCAUUACUAAAAGGUAUGUACCAAAGUUAG